AUAUGUCAAAUACAUCAUAGUAGAAUAUAAUUAUAAAUUGACAAACCCUAACCUCAAAUUGACUUUGCACAAAAUUAUGGCAGUACCGAAAUCGGAUGGCUAGAAGAGUUUCUUCAGAGCUGUUUGUAAGCAGGUUGUCGUUUUACAUUACAACUGGAGAAUUGGAGAAGCUAUUCUCGCCCUUUGGCUUAAUUGAACAAGUAAGGCUUGUCAAAGAUCCUAGGACCCAAAGGCCUAAAGGUUUCGGUUUUAUCAAAUAUGCACGUGAGAUAGAUGCUAAAAAUGCACUCAAGGCUAUGAAUGGCAGGGUAGUGAAUAGCAGGUUGAUUUUUGUAGAAUUAGCAAAAACCACAAAUCCCGCGGAAACAUCUUCCUGAUUGCACGAUAAUUUCUUCGACACAGUUUUGGAGACAAGUAUACUGACAUAGAUACCUUAAUCAACAUGGGAGAACUCUUGGCAUUUUCUCAGUCGACUCUGCUGUUACUACCCCGGUCACCACUCUGCUCUUCAAGGAAUCAUCAUCUUUUCACCUGUUUCAGCCGGUCAUCGCUAUCAGUAACUACACCCAUCACUCACCUGUCUAACGGUGGGCGGAACCAGUGUUCUUGGAGGACUGUGGCUGGAGUCGUCUCUGACUCCAAGGUGCCUACCACCUUUACAGUUGAUUCAGCUGGGGAAGGCGUUGAUAUUCUACCUGACUCUGGUGGAUCUGAUGACAGCAUUGGUGGAGGUGGUGACAACGGUGGUGGUGGUGGAGGUGGUGACAAUAAUGGUGAUAAUGGAGAUGGGCAAAAUGAAGAUCAAAGCCAUGAGAAAAAGGGAGGCAUGUCGAUGUCCCAGAAACUGACACUAGGCUACGCUGCCUUAGUUGGAUUCGGUGGAGCAAUGGGAUAUCUCAAGGGUGGAAGCCAGAAGUCACUAAUUGCGGGUGGAGUGUCAGCAUCAGUGCUGCUUUUUGUGUACGCCAUGCUUCCAUCAAACCCUUUUCUCGCGUCUUCAGUUGGUCUUCUUCUCUCCGCUUCUCUUCUUGGAGUGAUGGGACUGCGUUUCAAGAAGUCAGGGAAGAUCUUUCCAACUGGCGUGGUCUCUUUUGUUUCGCUAGUCAUGACUGGGGGCUAUUUCCAUGGAAUUCUUCGUGGUCUACACUGAUCAACAAGGCCGUUGGCUUUUCGCCUCAACAAGCAGCAGUGAGAAUCAUGUGUUGUUGGAUGAAACUCUGCCUUUUUGUUAUGUAAAACUCAAUGUUGCUGCAUUAUGCCCAACUGAAUCAUAUCUCCCUUGCAAUUUAUCUUGAACUAAAAGACUAUUUAUAUAGCCUAUUCAAUUUUUAAUC